AUGUCAGAUUCAAUUACAAAUUUUGUACCAAUAAUAAAACCCAAUGAAAGUUCGAAACCAAAUCAAGUAGAAAUUACAAAUUUUAGUUCAAAAGAUCAUGCAGCUUUUAAAUUAAGAUAUAGAUCAAAUUCAAUAAUAUCUGCAACUACAACUGAAGAUGAAAGACCAUUACCUACUAUAAAAAUUUUAGGAACUGGUGGAACUAUUGCAUCCAAAGCAGAAUCAUCAAAAGCUACAGCUGGAUAUGAAGUUGAUGUAACAAUAGAAGAAUUAGUUAGUAAUAUACCUGAUUUAUCAACUACAUGUUUUGUUGAAUAUGAACAAGUUUCAAAUAUAGAUUCCACAGAAAUGAAUUUAAAAGAAGCAGCCACUUUAAGAAAUCAAAUAGUGGAAGAUUUACAAAAGUUUGAUGGGAUAGUAAUAACUCAUGGUACAGAUACAAUGGAAGAAACAGCAUUUUUUAUACAAUCAACAAUAAAUACUUCAAAACCAAUUGUAAUAUGUGGAAGUAUGAGACCAAGCACAGCAAUAUCUUCAGAUGGUCCAAUGAAUUUAUAUCAAGCUAUAGUAAUUGCAUCAAGUCCAGAAAGUCAUGAUAGAGGAGUUCUUAUAGCAUUAAAUGAUCGUAUUGGUGCUGGGUUUUAUAUAACUAAAUCAAAUGCAAAUUCUUUAGAUACUUUUAAAUCUAUUGGUCAAGGAUAUAUUGGUAAUUUUGUAAAUAAUGAAGUUAGAUUUUAUUAUCCACCUGCAAAACCUUUGGGUUUAACAUUCUUUGAAUUAGGUGAAACUUUUAAUCUACCUGAAGUUCCAAUAGUUUAUGCACAUCAAGGAUUAAAUAAUAAAAUGAUUGAAUUUGCAUUAACUGGGGUAAAUGCUAAAGGUUUAGUAAUUGCAACAAUGGGAGCAGGUUCAUUAUCAUCAGACACUAAUAAAUUUUUAUCUUCAAUAGUUGAACCAAAUUUCCCCAUCAUUUAUAGUAAAAGAUCAAUGGAUGGUAUGGUACCUAUUGGAGCAUUACCUAAAAUAAAUGGUAGAAUAUUUGAAAAUGCAAUAGCUGGUGGUUAUUUAAAUCCUCAAAAGGCAAGAAUAUUAUUACAAUUAUGUUUAAAUAAUAAUUAUGAUUUAAAAAAGAUUAAAAAAAUAUUUAAAGGAGUUUAA